AUGGCGUCCCCCGAGCUGGAGCGCAAGCGAAAGCUACCGGUGGCUGGCGGCGGGGAUCCGGCGGCAUCGGACGAGGAGGAUGAGGAGGAGCGUUGGGUCGGGCCGCUCCCGGGGGAGGCCGCGCAGGCGAAGAAGAGAAGAGUUCUUGAAUUUGAACACGUUUAUCUUGAAAAUCUACCAUCGGCUUCAAUGUAUGAACGCAGUUACAUGCACAGAGAUGUUAUUACACAUGUAGCAUGUACAAAGACAGAUUUUAUCAUAACAGCCAGUCAUGAUGGACAUGUAAAAUUCUGGAAGAAAAUAGAAGAAGGGAUUGAGUUUGUUAAACACUUCCGAAGUCACUUGGGUGUUAUUGAGAGUAUUGCUGUUAGUUCAGAGGGGGCAUUAUUCUGUUCAGUUGGAGAUGACAAAGCAAUGAAGGUGUUCGAUGUAGUCAACUUCGACAUGAUCAACAUGCUGAAACUUGGCUACCACCCUGGCCAGUGCGAAUGGGUAUAUUGCCCUGGAGAUGCCAUAUCUUCUGUUGCAACAUCUGAGAAAAGCACAGGAAAAAUAUUCAUAUAUGAUGGACGAGGAAAUAACCAGCCACUUCAUGUUUUUGAUAAACUCCAUAUGUCCCCGCUUACUCAGAUACGCCUGAACCCUGUCUACAAAGUCGUUGUGUCUUCUGACAAGUCCGGAAUGAUUGAGUACUGGACUGGUACUCCUCAUGAAUAUAAAUUUCCCAAAAACGUGAACUGGGAGUAUAAAACGGAUACUGAUCUAUAUGAAUUUGCUAAAUGCAAAGCUUACCCAUCCAGUAUAAGUUUUUCACCUGAUGGCAAGAAAAUGGCCACUCUUGGGUCUGACAGAAAAGUCAGAAUUUUUCGUUUUCUGACGGGAAAACUCAUGAGAGUCUUUGAUGAAUCUCUGAGUAUGUUUACUGAACUUCAGCAGAUGAGACAACAACUGCCUGACAUGGAGUUUGGCCGACGGAUGGCAGUUGAGCGUGAGCUGGAGAAAGUGGAUGCAGUAAGAUUAAUUAAUAUCAUUUUUGAUGAAACUGGACACUUCGUUCUCUAUGGAACAAUGUUGGGCAUUAAGGUCAUAAAUGUAGAGACUAACAGGUGUAUUCGUAUCUUGGGAAAACAAGAGAACAUCAGAAUGAUGCAACUGGCUUUGUUCCAAGGAGUAGCAAAGAAACACCGUGCGGCGAUUACUAUAGAGAUGAAGGCAUCUGAAAAUCCUGUUCUCCAGAAUAUUCAGGCAGAUCCAACAGUAAUCUGCACAGCUUUUAAAAAAAACAGGUUUUACAUGUUUACUAAACGUGAACCAGAAGACACAAAGAGUGCAGAUUCUGACAGAGAUGUAUUUAAUGAGAAGCCUUCUAAAGAAGAGGUCAUGGCAGCCACUCAGGCAGAAGGUCCCAAAAGAGUGUCAGACAGUGCCAUCAUCCACACAAGCAUGGGAGAUAUUCAUAUCAAGCUUUUUCCUGUUGAGUGCCCCAAAACAGUGGAAAACUUCUGUGUGCACAGCAGGAAUGGUUACUACAAUGGACACAUAAUUCACCGUAUCAUCAAGGGUUUCAUGAUUCAGACUGGUGACCCAACUGGUACGGGAAUGGGAGGUGAAAGUAUUUGGGGAGGAGAAUUUGAAGACGAGUUCCAUUCAACUUUACGACAUGACAGACCAUACACACUCAGCAUGGCUAAUGCCGGACCAAAUACCAAUGGAUCCCAGUUUUUUAUAACAGUAGUGCCAACUCCAUGGCUUGACAACAAGCACAGCGUGUUUGGACGGGUGACUAAAGGAAUGGAAGUUGUUCAGAGAAUCUCAAAUGUCAAAGUCAAUCCCAAAACUGACAAACCCUAUGAGGAUAUCAGCAUCAUUAAUAUAACAGUGAAGUAAGGCAGGGGUGACUUUGUGAUGCUUGUGUCCCCAUUCGCCUUGUUUAUGUUACAUAUUAAGUUCUGCACCUUUAAGACUGGCUCUGAGAGUGAAGGGGGGAAGAAGAAGCCACAGUUUGUGUUGAGGACAAACAUCACUCCCCCACAUCCUGCUCCUGGACUGUGGUGUCUGCAGCAUGGACAGACAGUGGGACAGAGCUCUCCCUGGCUUUUCGUUUUUUAGCUAGCUGAGGCAGGGAAGUUCCCCAGACUGUUUUUUCUUUGGAUCUGUUCAAACCUGCUCUGGACUGAACACCCAGCCAAACCCCAGGAGCCCACAGGGGCCUGGGCCUCAGCACUUGCCAGCAUCAGAGGGACUGAUAAGAGACUGAGUGAGCUGAGCUACACCCCAUGAAAAGGACUUUUUUUCUGGAUUUGCCAUCUCACUGAACUGGGAGAGGUUUUAUUGUUUAAUAUUAUUCAAUUUCUGUUAAGUAUUUUUUUCCACUUUUCUCUGUGGAGAUUUGUUUUCUGGAACCAGUUGGGGAUGGGGCCGCUUGAAUCUGCUUUUUGGUUGGGACCCUCAUUUGGAGAGUCUCUCCCAAAUUUGCCCUAAACCAGGACAGCAUUGAAGGUUCCAGCUUAAGCAGAAAAAGAAACUGCUUUUUUUCUAGAAAGAAUAAACAUUUUUGAUAAUUACUAGAUAUAGGAAAUACCAAGAAAGAGCAAUCACCAGUUCUACUAUUUUUAAUGUACCUAAAGUGCCCGAAUUCUGUAUUUCUGGUAACUUUGUAUUUUAAAGUAAAGACAUCUACAUGUUUCUUAGAAAGUCUACUGUCUUUCUUGCAUCUCUUCUAUGCAAAAUUAAAGAUAAAGACUUCCACCAUGUCCCAUUAUAGUGUUUGUAACUUUUUCAUGUUUAUUUGCAUCUUUCCUAUUUAAUUAAUUUAAUUAAUCUCACAGUACUGAAAUCUCUGACAAAGGAAAAGGUCAGAAAUACUAAGUUGAGUGAAUUACUCAAUCCUUUGUACCUGUAUCAAAAAUUAGAUUAAGUUAUGGUACUGUUUGCUAUGAAAAGCAAACAAUGUAAUCUACCUCUGUUCUUUAAAAGUAGUUGUCUGUGUGUUUUCUCUGUCCAAGAGCAAUGAUCAACUCGUAAAAUGUCCAAUGUAUAUAAAGUCCUUUGCAAUUUGUUUCUUUUUUCCAGUG